AUGGGUCCAUUAAAAGUCGUCCUGUUGACUGAAUCUAAUUCACUCACAGGAAAUGAAGCUCUACCAUAUAAAUAUUAUGGACAAAAAUUAUGGACAAAGAUUCAAUCUAUUGUUGAAGAACUUCAUUAUCGAUGUGAAUCAGUUGAUUUACAUAAACUCGAUUUUCAAGAGCAUGAAUCAGUUAAUAAAUUUCUCAAUGCUGAUAUUGUUAUUAUGGAUGUUACUAAUCAAGAUCGACGUCCAACAUUUAUGUAUCAUAAAGGUAAUCGAGAAAGUAUGGAUUGUAUGGAUGAUAUCGUAUUAAUACAAGCUAGUGGCGUAGAAAAUGAUAGUGCUAUUCAUGAUCUCAAAACAACAUGUAAAAUAAAAUUAUUAAUUGUUUAUCGAUAUGAUGAAAGUAAAGAUGUUUUUUAUGAUACAACACAAUCAACAUAUCCGUUUCCAUUACUUAACACAAAUCUUAAGAAUUUCUUAGAACGAGCUGCUGAUAAUAUUCAAAAAGGACUUGCUGAUCGAUAUAUAUCUCGUAUGAAUACACGAAAACUUGAAUUACAAGAUAGUCAAACUUAUCGUGAUUUUUUAUGGAAUGAAGUAUGUGGUGAAAUGUUAAAUGAAAUAAAUCAAGAAUAUGUAACACCUAAAUUAAUUACAAAAUUAAUGUAUGCUUUUCGAGAUAUUCAAGAUUAUGAAUCAAUGAUAAAUUUAAAUCAACGUUGUGAACAAUUGGGAGAAAUAGCGAAAAAAAUCAAAAAUAAUAUGAUGAUUUCAUAUUUAACUGCAUUUGCUCGUAGUCGACGAAAUCAACCUGGUGAUCGUGAUGAAGCAUUAAAUAUUCUUGAACAUUUAUGUCAAACAAAAAAAACUGAAAGUGAAUUAUCAAAUGAUGUUAUUUGUUUAUGUGGAAGAAUUUAUAAAGAUAAAUUUACUGAAUCAUUUUGUCAAGAUCAAGAUUCUUUAGAAAAAGCUAUUGAAUGGUAUAGAAGAGGUUUUGCUGCUGAUCCAAAUAUAUAUGCUGGUAUUAAUUUAUUAUUUCUAUUAGCAAUUAAAAUUGAAGAUUUAAAAAAGAAUAAUGAAGUAUAUAGAAUUAUUAUUCAACUCAAUGCAUUACUUGGUAAAAAAGGUCGUUCACUUCGAGAUUUAACAGAUUAUUGGGAUGUAGCAACAUAUUUUGAACUUCAUGCUGUUCAACGUGAUUGGUCAAAAGCAUGUUUAGCUGCAUUACAUAUGUAUUUAUUAAAUCCUCCAAUAUGGUAUUUAAAAUCAACAAUAAAUAAUUUAAAAAUUCUUCAUCAAGCAACACGUAUGCGUGAUCAACAAAAACUUCGAACACAACAUUCAACUAGUUCCGAUGAUGAAGUUGUUUAUAGUUUUUGGAUAGAUUUUUUUAGUGAUGCAAUUAAUUCAAAUUCAACAUCACCUGAAGAAAGAGAAUUACCAGCACAAGUACCUAUUCUUGUUUGUGAUAAUUAUGAAAAAAAUGAUGGAACAAUAUUAAAAAAUGUUUAUGUUGAAUCACAUUUACAAUUAAAUUUUCAUACUGGUAGUGAACCAGAAACACUUGUUAUACGUACACUUGAAAAACAAAAACAAUUACAAAAAGAUGAAAGUGUAAGAACAAUUGAAAUGAAUUCAAUUAGAUCAAUUAUAAAUGUUAAACGAGAUAAUCGAUCUGUUUUUCUUUAUGCAUAUGAAAAUGCUGAAGCAUUUUUAUCUGUUGAACUUCAAAUAUUUUUUGCAUCAGCUGAACGUCGUACAGCAUUCAAUGAAAAAAUGUCAAAAUAUCGAUUACAAACAAGUAUUUCUGAAGCUGAACCAAAAUUUGAUCUUGUUUUUGAUCGUGAUCCACAUGAACAACGUACUGCACUUGGUCAAGGUACAUAUGGAAAAGUUUAUGUUGCACAUGAUCGUUAUACAAUGAAGAAAUUUGCUGUCAAAGAAAUUCCUAUGAGAAAUCCAGUAUAUACAGAUGUAUUAGAAAAUGAAAUCAAAAUUUUAUCAACACUUAGUCAUAAAAACAUUGUAACUUAUUAUGGUUCAGCAAUCGAUCGCUCAAAAAAACAACCUUUCUUUCAAAUUAUUAUGGAAUAUGUUGAUGGUGGUAGUCUUUCACAACAUCUUUCAAAAUUUGGACAAUUUCAAGAGCCAGUUAUUAGAAAUUAUACUCGACAACUUUUAGAAGGUUUACAAUAUUUACAUGAAAAUCAUAUUUUACAUCGAGAUAUUAAAUCAGCUAAUAUUCUUGUUAAUUCAAGAGGAGAAAUAAAAAUUGCUGAUUUUGGUACAUCAAAACGUCUUGCUGGUCUUCAACUUUGUACAGAAGAUAGUGUUGGUACUCUUCAAUAUAUGAGUCCUGAUGUUGUACUUGUACCUCCAAUGGGUUAUGGACCUGAAGUUGAUAUCUGGAGUGUUGGAUGUACAGUUAUUGAAAUGGCAACGGGUAAAAUGCCAUUUCAUAAAAUUGUUAAUACGGGUGCAUUAUUAUUGAAACUUGGUAAUGAACGACAACCACCAGAUAUUCCACAAGAAUUAUCAGACACAGCAAAAGAUUUUCUAGCCAAAUGUUUUGAACCUACUCAAAAACGUCCAUCAGCUAAAGAUCUAUUAAAUCAUCCAUUUUUUAAAACAAAACCUGUAUCAUCACGAGAACCUAAUGGAAAUAGUGGAGAAAAAACACAUGAUAGUGGAAUACAUGUAUCGAAUCCUCCUGAGACGUAUCAUCGAAGUGUUAGUGAAGAACCAGGUGUACUUGAACCAGCACGCGGUCUUGAAGCACAAAUAUCAAUUGAUGAUCGUCGUCGAUCAGAAUUAAUGCAUAUUUUACGAGAUAAUGAUAGUAGAGAAGAUCUUCUUGGUCAAUGGAUGGAUUUAAUCGAUGAAAAAAAUGAAACAGAAGUUUUGACAAUUGAUAAAUUACGAAUAUUAUUAUUAGGUAUUUGUGAAUAUUUAGAAGAUUCAAAUGAACGUUCAUUACAAAAUGCACUUGAUCAAAUAUGUGAUAAAUCAGAAUUGGAUAGUGAUUCAAGAACUGAUCUUGAACGAGCAUGUUAUCUAUUCAUUAAAGCCACAAUCAGUAAAACAAUUGGAUUAUUUUUACCGGUUGAAACAUCACCAGCAGUUGAAGAUACGGAUUCUGAAAAUGUGACAACGCCCGUCGCAGAAGAACGAAAUACAUCGAGUUCUUUAACACCAAUGGCAGCAGCAUUACAACAAAUGGCACGAUCACGCUCACUAAUUGCUAUUGAACAAGAACAUGACCGUUUGCUCAAGUCUAUGAUUGAUAAUCGGAUCCGUCUCAAUCAAUUACUUCAUUCAUCGAACAUAUGA